UUCUUCUCCAUUCAAGCAAUCCGUUUCACCCUCAUUUUCAGCUCUUUACUCUAAAAAACAAACAUGGCUGUUACUACCUUUACUCAAGAAUUCACAACCCCGAUUGCUCCUUCAAGAAUGUUUAACGCCUUAAUUCUUGAUUCUCACAAUCUCAUCCCCAAGAUUGCCCCCCAGGGUAUCAAGAGCAUUGAGUUCAUCGAAGGAAACUGAGGAGUUGGAAGUAUCAAGCAGACUAACUUUGCUGAAGGUGGCCACUUGAAGUAUUUGAAACAUAAGAUUGAUGCUCUCGACUCGAAUAACCUAGUAUGCAAGUACACCUUGAUUGAAGGUGAUGUGAUCUUCAAUAAAAUUGAAUCCGUUGUCUAUGAGGUCAAAUUUGAGGCUUCAAGCAAUGGUGGAUGCGUAUGCAAGAUGUCCAGUGAGUAUCAUUUGAAAGCUGGUGUGGAGCUUAGGGAAGAGGACAUCAAACAAGGCAAAGAAAAGGCUAUGGGUUUGUACAAGGUCGUUGAGGAGUACCUUUCCACCAAUCCCAAUGCUUAUGCUUGAUGUGCAUUUUAAUUAGAUCUGUUGUUCUCCAAAAAACAUUGGGUGAGGAUUUUUCAGUAAUCUUUUCUUUAGGGGCAUGUUGUAUUGAAUUUGCUUUGGGAGAUCUAAG